AUGGCGUCGGUCACCAGUCUCGAUCAAGACAUGCGCAAAUUGCGCCUAGAGCGAUAUACCCCCGGUGCCGCAAACGAGGUCAGAAACUGGAUUGAAAGCACUCUCGGCGAGAGACUGGCUACAGGGGAUUUGAUGGACGCUCUGCGCGAUGGAGUGGCUCUUUGCAAACUGGUCAAUCUAGCCGUGUCCCCAGGCAUCAAGUAUAAACAGUCGAGUAUGCCCUUCGUGCAGAUGGAGAAUAUCUCUCAUUUCCUCCGGGCUUGCGAGCUUCCGCCGUUGAGCCUCCCGUCGCAUGACCGAUUCCUCACCGUCGACCUCUACGACGCCAAAGACCCCGCACAAGUCUUACAAUGCAUCGCUGCCUUUAGUCGCAAAGCGAAUCAACUCAAUCCUUCUGCCUUUCCUACAACUCUGGGGGCGAAGAGCAAAUCUGCCAUGAGCCCGCAGGGAACCGGGUCCAGUGGGCCAAGAUCUCCAGCAUACACCACUACCACAACUUCACGGCCGCGGGGUUUGAGUAACUCAACUGCGGACAACCCCUCUCUCACAUUCAAUCCCCUCAACAAGGCUGCGUAUUCCGGGCGUGUUAGCCCCAGUAAGAACAUCCUCAGCCGAGGAGGGUUGGCUUCUGGCGGCACAGUCAGCAGUUGGAGUAACAAGACUGACGAGACCAAGACCGCACCCGCGUGGAAUAUCCAUCAAUAUGGGUACAUGGGAGGGGCAAGUCAAGGAAACCAAGGCGUUGCUUUCGGUGCUCGGAGACAGAUUACAUCCCCGGCGCCCAGCGUGCCUAGCAUUGCGGAGAAAGAGAAACGCCUCAGAGAAGAGGCAGAGAAAAGACAAUUAGAGGCAGAAGAGCUUGAGCGACAGCAGCGCGCUCAACGGGCUGCAGAAGAAGAGCAGGCACGUCUAGAAGAAGAACGCAGGUGGGCUCAAGAAACGCAACGACUGAAAGAGCAAGAAGCAGCCGAGCAGCGUGAGCUCGAGCGACAACGCCUACAAGAAGAAGAGCGUGUCCGUCGUGAAGAACAGCGUCGCAAAGAAUUGGCCUAUGAACGUGACCGGGAACGAGAGGCUCAGGAUCAAGCAGAAAGAGAGGCUCUUAUGGCGCAGGAACGAAGUCGCCAACGCACCGUCAGUGACGCUCGUCUCAACGGACAAUUUCUCAGUCAAUACCAAGCAGGCCAGGGAAGAAGCAAUGUUGCCUCUCCCCCUCUGUCAAAGCCCGCCGCGGAUCAGGACUCGGCAGAAAGUGGACGCAUUGCAGAACUCGAGCGUCAAUUGGAGGAAAUGAAGGCUCAACAGAGACAAACCCAAUCCGCCAGGCCACUACCCGAGCCUGAACCUCCGGCGCCAAUAUUACCUGCCAGAUCCACCGUCGGUCAAACAAGCAGCCAUGAGGACGACUGGGCUGCAUCAGAGCGUCAAUAUCUCCAGCAAGAAUGGCAGAAAACGCAGAACGACCAACCGCCUCCCAAACCACGACGUCCCGAACCCACACAAUCAACAUCGUCUCGUCCGUUACCCGACCCAGCCACCUAUCAGCCAGGCACCAAUCGCACAGACCGAUACCUUGCCUCAAACACGGCUCCCGCUCAGCCCAAUGUGGCGGCUCACCGCCCUCAGGACUUUUCCACCACGACCGAGGUGGACCUCGAAAACCAACGCCGUAUUCAAUCCCAGCAGCGCACGAAAGCCGGCGGCUGGGCCUCGAAAUCCCUCCUCGAGCGAGAAAUGGAGCGGGAGCGAGAACGGCAGAGAGAGUGGGAAGAAGCGCAGAAGGACACCGCUUCCAGAGCCAGGGACAUAAAAGAGGGAAGCGGACCUGGUCAAACCUGGGAUGUCCACCAAUAUGGAUUUGUGGGCGGGGACAGCCAGAAUCGUGGAGGUCCGGGGCUAGGAGUCGGGGGCGCCAGAAGGCAGAUCAUCGGCCCACGACCGCCGCCCUAG